UGUGGGCUGUACAACUGAGGUCACCCACGCGCGCAACUAUAUAGUCAAGUGGCGAGGCGGAUCUAUUGCCUAUAAGUUAAAGUCAUCCUUUCUACUUUAGUAGUUCCCCUAGUCAACCUUCUGUCUGAGGCUACACCUCGCAAGGGCUUGGAUUGUAGUUACCAAACAGCAGCUUGGAGACCUUUUCACCGUGUUCAAGUUCUAAAGCAGUUUGUGGAUUUUGCGCGGUCUUUCACGAAGACGGACCCAUACGGAAGAACACUAAUGGGAUGGCCAUUGUGACCACUCCUUUGAGAAGUAACUCAAACAGUUCCUGGCUACCUGGCUCAUGAGUGACUUCCGUGGCAAUGACUCUGCAGUGUUCACCAAUGACUCUGCAAUGUCCACUAAUGACUCAGAUAUCAUCAACUGCACCAUCGACCACCAGAUCCACCAGUACCUCUUCGCCGGAGCCUACAUCCUCAUCCUGUUGGUGGGCCUGCCCUCCAACGCCUUCUCCCUCUACCACGCCUGGUUGCAGUUGCGCGCCCGCAACGAGCUGGGCGUCUACCUGCUGAACCUCACCAUCUCGGACCUGCUGUACCUGGCCUCCCUACCCAUGUGGCUGCAGUACAUCUUCCUGGGCGACGACUGGCCGCACCACGAGUGGCUGUGCCAGCUGUGUGGCGUGCUGCUCUACCAGAACAUCUACAUCUCCAUCGGCUUCCUCUGCUGCAUCUCCAUCGACCGCUACCUGGCCGUGGUCUACCCCUUCCGCUUCACGGGCUUCCGCUCCAUGCGGGCGGCCACCUUGGUCAGCGCCUUCAUCUGGCUCAAGGAGCUGGUGGUGGGCGCCACGUUCUUCCAGCACAAGGUGCUGAGCGUGGACGUCACAAAACAGCGGGUGUGCUUCGAGCACUACCCCAUGAAAGACUGGGAGUACCCAGUGAACUACUAUCGCUUCUUCGUAGGCUUCCUGUUCCCGCUGUUUAUCUUGGCCGUGUCGUAUUUCCGCGUGCUUCGAGCGGUGGGCAAGAGUGCGGGGACGCAGUCGUCGCAGAAGACGCGCAUCAAGCACCUGGUGACCAGCACCAUCCUGAUCUUCCUGGUGUGCUUCCUGCCGUACCACGUGUUCCUGUUGACGCGGACGGUGCUGGAGAGAAGCUGCGACUUCAUCGAGAAGAUCUUUAACUAUUAUCACUUCUCGCUGCUGCUCACCAGCUUCAACUGUGUGGCCGACCCCGCGCUCUACUGCUUUGUGAGCGAGAGUGCCCAGCGUGGCAUCCAGGAGGCCCAGCAGGCGUGUGCCAGGGUGCUGUGCUGCUGCAAGCCCCCCAAAGACAGUGGCAUGGCCAUCAGUGGGCGCCUGGCAGUCACUGCCACCAAGUCCAGUGAGGUGGCUUGUAGCGGGGAAGACAGGACUGGUGCUGCCAUGGUCACACUGUUACAGCCUAUUAAGACCAGUCAGGCUGUAUGAGUAUACAGUACAGACAUAUCUUAUUAUAUAUUAACGCAGGGCUGGCCCAAAAAAAAAGAAACAUGCUUAUUUGUAUGAGUCAUGAAUGUAAUGUAUGUAUGUAUAUGUAUGUAUGUAUUUGUUAAACUGUGCUGAUGUUAUUCAUGUGUAAGGUAUUUUAAAGCCAGUUAAUGUCUGUUGAAAACAUUGUUUUUGACUAAAGUCCACGUGUGUGUGUUUUUGCACUCUCAGGGAUCUUGAGGGAAUACCUAGAACCCAACCUGCCCUAAUCUACUCUCAUGGGGUCAGGCUUUUCCAUUAGCAAAGAAUGCACGCAGACUGGAAGAAACUCAUCUCAACUUUAGCACUGACAGCACUGACUAGAGGCUAACAUAUUCAAAGUUGCCUUAAAGCUGUUACAUCUCAUUCAACAUUUGAAUUGUCACCGUUAUUCAUCUAAACAAAGUGUUGGGUCGUUCUGUUUUGCAAAGGUCAGUAUUUCUAAUGAUUAUGUUGAAAUUAAUAUGUCACUAUCCAUUUGUCUCAGUGAGACUACAGGCUGAACUUCAUUAUUUUAGAUAUGCAUCUGUGAUCUGAUGUCUGAUGUCAGCAUUUAAGUCUCUACUACUCAGUUGUUGCUGGUUUUGAUGUUAAAAUUGAAGCUUUGAAGUUAAAUUUCCUAAAAGGAAAUUGAAAAGGGGCCAUAUGAAUGAGCAUGGACAUUUCAGGGGAUCGUCCUCCGAAGCACUGCCUUGCCUCCUUUUUCUGAGUUGUUUGUAUCGAAAGAAACUGAAUUAAUUACCAGAAAAACAAGGUAGGCUGAUUGUGCAAGGUCAGAGUUUAGGUUCAGAUAUCCCCAGACGGCUGUUCUAACCUGAAGGACUUCCCACUUGUAAUUAUACAGCCUGAGAAACACCGGGGGUGGGAGGACACUGACUAAUUUUACUGGAAACGUUUGGAAAGCUAUUUUACAGUACGUCCAAAAAAAAGAGAGAGAAGAGCAGAGGCACCCUGAUGAAGGCCAAUAUGGCCGCAAUGCGUAUAGGCCCAUGUGCUAUAUUCAAGGCUUUUAAUUUUUUGCCUCUGCCUCUGCUCUUUCCUAACUUUUCUUUUGACUUACACUUCACCUGGGAUAGAUGAGCCCCUGAGUAAAUUGUUUACACAGUC